UGUGGCUCCCAGAUGGGGAAAUUUUUUAGUUACAACAAGGACUGGCACACACACAUACACACGCUGCUACAACUACACUAACACGAACAAGUUAAGAAGGACACGAGCUUAUUCACUAUGGUAAAGAGGAGACAGAUCAAGAAAGGCUCCUCCGGCGGCCAUCAAAUAGGUGAUGGCGACUACGAUCUGUGUGCCAUCUGCCAGGAUCGGAUCCGGGUUCCGGAGAAGCUUCAGUGCAGCCACGUCUUCUGCAGGUGUUGCCUGGCGAACUACAGAGAAGCCAGGGGCUGGGUGGCCGAGCGGUGUCCCAUUUGCAGGCGCAUCCUGGUCGUGGGAGCCACCUUCAACAAGGAAAGUGAUGACCAAAGGUGGCUGUUUGGCUUUGUGCUCCUGGUGCUGCUGAUACUCAGCCUGGGGCCCUUCUACCUGCUGCUGCUCUAUUGGUAGACCUCAAGCCGGAAUAUGUAUGUUUUUGCUAAGAUAGACGCAUGACAGAUACGUGCAAAGUUUUCAGUGGAUUUUAAUUAAGCCCACCGGAAGCCAUUAAAUGCCGAGUGGAAUUUGC